GUUGUUACCGCAGAGAGGCGAGAAGAUGGCGGCCGUGUCAAGCGGAGGUGCUGCUGGGUCCGCUGCGGCCGGGAUUACGCACUCUGCCCGACCGACCCACGCAGGCAUGGGCUCCCAGAACCGAGCCCAGCCAUCCUCCGGGAUCAGCCACUCCAGCCGUCCCAGCACGGCCACCGGGUGCAUCACCAAUCCUGGCCACACUUCGGCCACCAGGCCCCCCCCAGCCCGAGUGGGCCACUACGAAAUCGAGCGGACCAUCGGCAAAGGAAAUUUCGCGGUUGUUAAACUAGCCACACACAUCAUUACCAAAGCGAAGGUGGCUAUAAAAAUAGUGGAUAAGACCCAGCUGGACGACGAGAACCUGAAAAAGAUCUUCAGAGAGGUGCAAAUCAUGAAGUUGCUGAAGCACCCCCACAUCAUCCGCCUCUACCAGGUGAUGGAGACAGAGAGGAUGAUCUAUCUGGUAACAGAGUACGCUAGCGGUGGAGAGAUAUUCGACCACCUGGUGGCUCAUGGGCGUAUGGCGGAAAAGGACGCCAGGAAGAAGUUCAAACAGAUCGUGGCAGCGGUCCAUUUCUGUCACUGCCGCAACAUUGUCCACAGAGACCUGAAGGCUGAGAAUCUGCUGCUGGACCACAACCUCAAUAUCAAAAUCGCAGAUUUUGGCUUCAGUAACCUGUUUUCUCGAGGACAGCUGUUGAAGACAUGGUGCGGCAGCCCUCCCUAUGCCGCACCAGAACUCUUUGAGGGCAAGGAGUAUGACGGACCUAAAGUAGAUAUAUGGAGCUUAGGUGUGGUGUUAUAUGUAUUGGUGUGCGGCGCCUUGCCUUUCGACGGCAGCACUCUACAAAAUUUGCGGGCGCGUGUCCUCAGCGGCAAGUUCCGCAUCCCCUUCUUCAUGUCCACAGACUGUGAGUACUUGAUCAGACACAUGUUAGUGCUGGAGCCCAGCAGAAGGUUGACCAUGGAGCAGAUCUGUAAGAACAAGUGGAUGAGACUAGGAGAUCCAGACCCAGACUUCGACAGGUUGAUAGCAGAGUGUGAGCAGGUGAAGACUGAGAGAGAGACGGAGCUCAUCAACGAGCAGGUGCUGAUAGCCAUGUGUGAGAUGGGCCUGGACCGAGAACGCACCCUUCAGUCCCUACAAACAGAUGCAUACGAUCACUACAGUGCCAUCUACAGUUUGCUGGCCGACCGCCUCAAGAAACACAAGACCCUGCGUGUUGCCCCGCCCACGCCUCGCUCUAUUAGUUAUCCCCUUAACGCCGUUCAGACGGAUCCACAGGGUAAUCCUGUUAGCAUGACCGUUCCUCAUGUCCAGCUCAUCAACCCAGAGAACCAGAUAGUUGAGCCGGAUGGCAGCAUGGCACUGGACAGUGAUGAAGGGGAGGAACCAUCUCCAGAGGCCAUGGCUCGCUAUCUUUCGAUGAGGCGGCACACUGUGGGAGUACCAGACCAAAGGACAGAGAUGCCGGAAGACCUUCAGAAAUUGCCGCCAGGGUUCCCUCGUGGUGCAGUGCCCCAGCCCCCCUUCCCCCCACUGGCCCCCACUAUGGGCCAAAUGCACACUCUCAUGCCCACACAGAGCCUGCAGCCCACACAGCAGCUGGAGUACAAGGAGCAGUCCUUGCUGCAGCCACCUACCCUGCAGCUGCUCAACGGCAUGGGGCCUCUCGGUCGAAGAGCUUCCGACGGCGGGGCUAACAUUCAACUACAUGCUCAACUCCUCAAGAGGCCCCGGGGGCCCUCGCCACUUGUUGCCAACCCGCACCCUAUCCCUGCAGUAGCUCCGGUGGACGAGGAGGGUUCAGAUGGAGAGCCAGACCAAGAGGCAGUACAGAGGUACCUGGCGAACCGCUCCAAGCGGCACACGACGCACGCGCUCAUGAGCACAUCGCAUGGCGAGCCCUCGGCAGAGUCACAGCGGCCCCAGGGCCCCCGCCAGAGGGGGGGCUGGGCCCCCGACACACACACCCGAUCCAGCUAUAAGGACUGUAACACUCUUCAUCUCCCCAUGGAGCGCUUCUCCCCUGUCAGACGGUUUUCUGAUGGCGCCGCCACCAUCCAAGCCUUCAAGGCUCAUCUAGAGAACAGCAGCCUCAUUAAGCAACUCAAACAGGAGUGUGAGCAGCUCCAGAAAAUGUACGCUGCCCAGCAGGAUGAGCGAUUCCUGGAGCACACCCAGCAACAGCAUAUCCUCUACCAGCAAGAGCAACAAAUCCUCCACCAGCAAAUCCAGGGUCUGUCUUUAGGCCAUGGAGAGAGCCAGCCCAGUCACCUAACCCACCAGCUCCAGAGGUUGCGUAUCCAGCCCUCCAGCCCUCCGCCAACACAUCCCAGCAACCACCUCUUCAGACAGCCCAACCAGAGCCCUCCGCCUGGCUCUGCAGGCAUAAUUCAAGGGCAUGGAGGUCCGUCACCAGUACAGUACCAGCACGGUACUCCUGCGCUGUAUCAAGGCCAGAGUGGCAGCCCGCCUCCCACAAGCAUGCCUCGAGUCUCUAUACCAACCAAUCAACAAGCAGCAUCUGCUCGCCCCACCGUCCCGUUGGCACAGGGUGUACCUCAGCAACAGCAGGUGACCAUUCAGGUUCAGGAAGUGGAGCUGGGAGGCGUAGCACAGAGACAGGCAGCCUUUUUGUCCACGCCUGGGCACAGAGUCCUCGGGAAGCAGCUGAGUGCAGACAACGCUGAGACGCACAGUCGCAGCCUCGGCCGCUUCACAUCGGGCUAUGACCAGGCUCAGUUCAAUCCCCAUCUCUUCUCUGGCGAUGCCGCUGCUGCCUCCCGUGGCACCUCCGGAGUGGUCGGCUCCUACAGCCCCUACCUACAGGGCGCCUCCCUCAAAGUCCCUGGUCUGGAGGAUUACCAGAGCGGGGCAGUUGGGACCAGCAACUAUGGCACCCCCUCUACACUACAGCAGGCCCUGCUCUCCCCGACUCCUUUGGACUACCGCCCCCCACAACAUCACGUCACUCCCACCCUGCAGGGCCUCCUGUCCCCCCGCCACUCUUUAACAGGCCACGCCGACCCCAGGCUGCCCCCCCAAGACCUGGCUGCCCUGCUGAAGAGGCAGAGUCCCCGGCCAUGCUCGGCGACUCCCACACCACCCAGCGGUGCACCCCAAGAGUACGGAGAGAUGCUGCUUCUCCGCCAGCUGAGCCAGGGUGAGAGCUUGGAGCCACAGGCACCACAGGGUGCCUCCGGAGGCCAACACUACCACCACCUCCUUCAGAUUCGACCCCCAGAUGUCCCGCCACAGCAGCUCCCGGCCCAGGCGCCUUGUCCCAGCUUGCCUCACUCGGAGAGCAUGGAGGAGGAUGAGGUGCCGGCUGGCUACCACCACCCACACGAGGGCCUGCUAGCCAAGGCAGGAGAAGGUCAUGAGCUUCUGGGGCCACCCCGAGGAGGCACCCCGCCCUACAACUCCCCUACACACAGGCAUGCUGGCUAUAUAAGGAGCGCUACAGCAACUAGAGAAUCUGAGCAUGUGGAGUGCAGGCCCCAAGGGCAGGCCAUGGAGGUGCCUGAUCAUAAUGGUGUGGGCUAUUCGCGAGGUUCCCAGGGUGACGCCUAUAGGUCCCGUGGACAGCUACAGCGCCACCACACCAUCCAGACCUGUGACGAUGCCUAUGACCAGGCAGAGCCCAUGUCGGGGAUGAGCCUGUUGGCCGGGAAGGCACUAAGCUCCGCUCGCAUGUCGGACAUCCUCAGCCAGACGUCACUGACAGGAAGCCAGCAGCUGCACCAGCGGGAAGAGUCAGUGUGUGAUGUCGAAGGGGAACUCCAUGCGGCAGCCUGCUACCCCUCCUCCUGCACCAGUGACAUGCUUCUCAGCUACAAGCCCCCUGACCUGCAGUACAGCAUGGAGCAGGCUGGGGUCUAGCACAGGAAGGGGUGUAUCCUGUGUACAGCGGUCCAUAUCAGCCAUCCUGAGUUGUGUUGACUUGAGUUGAGCAGCAUCACGCCAAACCACCGUUCUCUGCCCAAAUGGGGGCGCUCUACGUCCAUCUGUCUGUCUCCAUCUGUCCUUGGGAGGGCAGUCUGCGCAAGAGAGGGGGAGUGUGGGUGUAGAUAUUAGAGGGGUUGGGUGGGGGGGAGAGGGCUCACAGGUGGGGCCUCUUGAUUCAAGGGUCAAAGUGCCAGCAUUUUCUGCACAGACAUCCAGCAAUCAUCGCCACAGGUUGUCUCCUCUUUUCACCUCCCAUCGUGGGUUCAACUCCUCCCUCUUUCGACUCCACCCCCCUCACCUCCUGCCCCCCCCCUCACGCCCACCUAACCCGCCCUCCUAACCCGCCCUGACCCAAUCCUCCCCUAUCACCCCUCGUCUUCUAUUAACUGUUGGCAUACUUCAUACGUGCCUCGUCGGCCAGCGCAUUGAUACAGUCAUAGUUUCAAGAACAUAGAGUCCAAUAACACAAAGAUGCAUCAUACACACUGCUGCCACAAACCCAAAGUAUUCACAUUAGGUGUGAGUGUGUAUGUGUGUGCAUGACUGAGAAGAAGAGGUGAGCAGAGGGGGAAAGGUGUCUGUGAGGUUCAGUCUGCUCUCGCUGUCACGCAGCAGAUCAUUCCGGAGCGGGCUGAAGUCUCGGCAGCCGCAGCCCCUUUUCAUCCGGGCGGCGGGUGUUUCAGGUCAGGCUCCGACUGGGCAACAAAAGCGUUCUCUCCAAAGAUGGAGCUCAGUGACAUCGCACAGGACAAACCAGCUCUCUCAUUGUGUGUGUGUGUGUGUGUGUGUGUGUGUGUGUGUGUGUGUUGUUGUGUUUUUUUUCUUGUUCUGGCAUUCAUUUCUUUUUUUUAUUUUCUUUUAAAAUUCAUUUUUACAGCUAAUGUCCAUGUAGGCAUUACGGUCAUUAUUGUUACUCUUAUUGUUAUUACUGUUUUCUGUAAAAGAGGUUUUAUUAUAAUGAAUAUUAUUAUUAUUAUUAAAUGAAAAACAGUUCUGUGUUGCAAGGAAGACAACAUUGUUCUUUGAUUACUUAAGUAAUUCUGCACUUUCGGUUCAAGCUAUCCUCUCCUCUUUCUCUGUUUCCACCCCUCCUCGCUGCUCCCCGCUCUCUGUCAUGCUGUUUUUCUGCUCUUCAACACCCUCCGCCUCUUCUUCCUCCUCCAGUCCUCACUUUCCCCACCUUGGGUUCCCCCUUCUCUCCACCCUCCUUCCUCCUUUCCCCUGUCAGUGACAGUGUAUUGCAUUGUGGGUAGUUUUACCAGACAUUUGCUCCUUUCCUUGUACAGUGAUGCCAUGUAUAGAACGCUAUUGCAAUUUCUGUAUCAAGUCCUUUUUCUUUUUUGUUACCUUUUUUUGUUUUUAGAUGUUAUCGGGGAGGCUUUUUUUAUAUUGGUAUUGUUUCUCAUUUGUAUUUUUUGGAUGUCUUCAAAAUGUUUUUUCUUUUUUUUCUUUUUUUUUCUUUUUUUGUUUUAUGAAUCUUGAGAUUUCUAGCCAAAAGAGGACAGAGAGAAGAGAGACAGUGCUCUCUCUGUGUCGUUAAAAAAGAUUGUUCUUAUGUGUUUUAAUAUUAUUAUAUCAUGACACUUGAAUAAGAGGAGAGUAAUUAUUUUGUGUUGCUUUUUAAAGUAUCAUUUCAAUCGAUGUUGUGACUGUCAUUCUUGUUGAUGUUGGGCCUGUUUUCUGUUGACGGGGUAGUUGUGGCAGGCUAUACAGGGUCAGGCUUUGGGCUUUGUCUGGGGUCGGUUCGGGUGCUACAGAGACUUGACACUCUAUUAAAAACAAAACAAAAUAAAGACAGAGACAGAAAACGAGGGAAUAACUUGUAAUAUAGCUGACAUAUCAUCCUGAACAUCACAAGUGUGGAGACGGACAAACCCACUUCUUUCUCGCUGCCCUACCUAUCUGCUGUGAUCCUCCCAACAUCUUUUACUGCAUUGGCUUCUGAUCGGACGACGCCUUAGGGACACGGCCCCUCCUCCCGGGCUAACCUUGUUACUAUGGCGACCAAGGAGGAAACUACAACUACUAUAACCCGACCUCCCCCCCCUUUCUCCCCACUCUUUUUGUUAUCUUCAACCAAUCUUGUUUAGGCCUUGCUUUGCCCAAGAGAUCGGAGGAGGUGACGGCUGCGUUUCAUGAACAGUCAGUGGAUGUCGUUGUAGUUCGACACACCUGGACGCACCAUACAAGGAAACCAUAAAAGGGAAACAUUUCAGGAGGUGACCAUAGGAAGGGAAGGAAUAGCUUGAGUUGGACUUUCACAGCAGAGGAAUACAAAGUUGUGGCCAGAGCGGGGCAUGGCGUGCCCACCUUAAACAUAUCUACCACGGCCUGUGCUCCGAGCUGAGUGGAGCUCAAGCACAGCCAGAUGGAGGCUACAGCACACUGGGGACCACAGCAGAAGAUUGAACCUCCCUUUUCUUUUCAAUUUAAUUUUAUUGUUUGACCUCUAUUUAUCCUCCCAUAUACAAUACCCCUGAGUCUAUAUUGGGCCAGCAAAAGACUGUGGCACAAAGAAUAAAGCUCCACUUGUAUGUAUUCAUACUGGCCAGAUUUCACAAUAACCUGGCUACACGGUUGACUUUUCGUACGCUAUAUACAGAACAUCGGAGAGCUGCAGAUGGUGUCAUGCAGCGCCUGUGCUUUCCAUUUGCACCGUGUCACUUCCUGUUUACCAACCUUCGCUCCCCUUCAGGGCAGAUGGGAUAGAGGUUAAAUCAAAUGUCUCAAGUGAGAGUGCGUACAAAUGUUACCAGUGAAGCAGGACGGAUUCAUGAAAUUAACUUUGUCUCUUCCCAAACUGAGUCUCAUUAGGCAGAAGAAGCUCGUUGCCAUCUUGGUUUCCCCUCCAGCUCUCUCCUCUUUCAGAUCUGCCCUCCUGUUUCGUUGUUCACAUCGAGCCAAGAGUGAGAUCUGGAAGAGAGAGAGCGGAAUACUUGGAAGGUAUUAAAGAGGAAACCUCUGGAAUGGAAGACAUUGCAUGUUUCUUGUCCCACAGCAGGAUGGGAACUCUAAAAUUAAGACCAGAGGCUCCACCUUGUCUCAUAGCGCGGCCAGAGCUGUUGUUUCAGAUCUGUGCUGGGGAGGGAAAGAGCAGAGGCACACAGGAAGGGAUGGCCCGUGUGAAUGGAAAGCACUGCAGAUGACUGAGAGGUUAAUGGGGAGUAGAGAGAGCUGCUUCACACACAUCUUCUGCCUGAUCAGACUGACCCUUCUCCCCCACCUUUUUUUUUUUUUUCGGUCUUAACUCUUCCAUCUUCUCCUCUUUUCUCUCCACCCCAGCCUCCUUGCUCAGCAAGCCAGCUCUGCUCUACUCAUGUUUCUUAGGUUCAUUUUGUUUUUUAUUGGUUCAUUUUGUCCUUUAUUUUUGUUUUUAAUGUUCAUUUCUGUUGAGUACAAAAAUACUAAAGUGCAACAACAAUGAUUAAAAAGAAUAUCAACCAAACUGAGAUGAAUAAAUAAAUAUAUAUAAAUAAAGAAAUAAUUUAAAAAGGUCA